UCUCUUAUUAUUUACUUCUUUAACCAAACUCUUUGAAUUCUUCAUUCUUUCAAACAUGUCGAUGUUGGAUUCGGAUACGUCUUCCCAAGCAGGCAGCGAUCAUAAAAACUUCAAAGAAACUACUCGUCAUCGAUUAUUGUAUGAAAUGAUUAGAUCAGCAAAAAGACCCGGCUCAAAAUCAAAUUGGAAGGUACUCAUAAUGGACAAAGUUACUCUUAAAAUUAUGUCACACUCAUGCAAGAUGGCUGAAUUAACAGAAGAAGGAGUUUCAUUGCCGGAAGACAUAAACAAGAGAAGACAGCCAUUGCCAGAAAUGGAUGCAGUAUAUUUCAUCCAGCCAACAAAAGAGAAUGUUGUCAUCCUAUUAUCCGACAUGGCUGGAAAGACGCCGCUGUAUAGAGAGGCUUACGUAUUCUUUAGUUCAACUGUUCCAAAAGAAUUGGUUGCUUACAUCAAAAGGGAGCCAACCAUAAGAUCCCGUAUUCGUGCCAUGAAGGAGAUGAACUUGGAGUACACCGUCAUUGAUAGCCAGUGUUUCAUCACUGAUCAUGGUAAGGCCUUGGAAGACCUUUAUGGGGAUGAAGGAAUUUACCAAAAAGGAGAUGAAUGUCUGACUGCAAUGGCCAAUCGAAUUGCAACCGUUUUUGCUUCGAUGUCGGAGUUCCCGUUAGUACGUUACCGAGCUGCCAAAUCCCUUGACCAUACCACAAUGACAACAUUUUCUGAUCUGAUCCCGACAAAACUUGCUGCUGCAGUUUGGAAUAUUCUUAUGAAAUAUAAAACCACUCUCGGAAAUUUUCCGCAGACAGAAACAUGCGAGUUGCUCAUCGUAGAUAGAUCAAUAGACCAGAUUGCGCCUAUCAUUCAUGAAUGGACGUAUGAUGCCAUGUGUCAUGACUUACUAGAAAUGGAUGGGAAUAAGUAUGUUCAUGAGGUCCCAAUCGAAUCAGGUGGUUUUGAAAGGAAAGAGGUCCUUCUUGAUGCGGAACAUGAUCCAGUAUGGCUAGAGCUUCGGCAUUCACACAUAGCAGAUGCUAGUGAUCGGUUACACGACAAGAUAACAAAUUUCAUGUCAAAGAAUAAAGCUGCACAAAUGCACCAAGGCUCAAGAGAUGGUGAUGUGUUGUCGACUCGUGACUUGCAAAAGCUUGUUCAAGCAUUGCCACAGUAUAGUGAACAGAAGGAGAAACUAUCCCUCCAUGCGGAUAUUGCUGCGAAGAUUCACAGUAUUCGUCGCAAGACAGGACUUAACAAUGUGGGGAAGCUAGAGCAGGAUCUUGUAUUUGGCGAUGCAGGAACCAAGGAUGUGAUUAACUUUCUUAAAGAACAAAUGGAUAUACCACAAGAAUACAAGGUGAGAUUAUUAAUGAUUUACGCAGCAACUCGUCCUGAGAAGUUUGAGAGUGACAAACUUACAAAGUUAAUAGAGUUAGCAAACCUAUCUCGUGACGAUAUGAAUGCUGUUUACAAUAUGAGAUUUCUCGAGGCAGCACCAGAAACCAAGACGACGGGUGCCCUAUCUGUAAAACUUCAUCUUAAGAAGAAGAAGCAUGGUCUUAGAAAAGAUCGUCCCGGUGAAGAAUCAGCUUUGCAGUUAUCGCGCUUUCAUCCCAUGAUUGAGGAAUUGAUUGAGAAACUCAGCAAAAAUGAACUUCCAAUGAAUGAAUAUCCAUGCAUGAAUGACCCAAGUCCACCUUCUCAUGGGGCUUCACAUUCCGGGUCAGCCCGUGUACAUGAUAAUACUCCUGGUCGGUCAAUGAGAUCAAGGCCAUCAACAUGGGCUAGACCCCGUUCUUCCGAUGACAGUGACCCGGUUCUGAGUCACACGACUCGUGAGUUCAAGAAGAUGGGUAAACGUAUUUUCGUUUUCAUUGUUGGUGGAGCAACUAGAUCAGAGCUGCGGGUUUGUCACCACUUAACAACAAAAUUAAGAAGAGAAAUCGUUCUAGGUUCAUCUAGUCUUGAUGAUCCUGCCCAAUUUGUUGAGAAAGUGAAGUUGUUGACUCCGAAUGACAACGAGAUCUCGUUGGAUCCUCUUGAACUUUUGAGAUUGGAUAUAUCCAGUUUGUGAACAUAAUCAGUUUGAUUAUUUAAUUCUUUUUCCCAUUAUUUAAGUUAAAGAUCGUCGAUAUAUGACUAUUCUCACGUUAAAAAACACGAAUUCAAAUACUGUAUGUAUUUAUGAUUUUUAUUUGUUACAAAAAUCGAAA